CAGACAAAAUGUCGUCGAAACUGCCAUAGCUUAUAGUCAAAUGACAAUAACUAGAACAAAGUGUGGGAGCGCUCAUGAGACAGUCGUGUCAUCCUCUACUUGAGCACCAACAAGCCGGCGGGGACGAAAACCUGCUGUACACACCAAUCGAUCAAAUUUCAGUGCUACCUGAACAUGUGGCCCGGGAGGCCGGCAGCAAGCUGACACGAUAUGCGCCGACGGAGGAGGACGAGGCGACACUCAGGGAACUUCUACUUAGCCUUCAGAGACAGGUGAGCGUGAUGAGCAUGAAUCUGACCGCGAAGCUGGACGAGCUACAGCGCGGCGACCGGCAGCUGGAGACGACGGUCGCGCUGUGUGAGAUCCGCACGCAGCUGCAAGAGCUCACCAAGAGCGUGGAGUCAUGCCAGAGCGAAGUCUCAGAGGUUAAGCGCGACAUGGUUGCCAUCAAGCAGGAGUUGGACACGGUGCAGCAAGUCAAGGAAGAGAUCGAAGAGCUGCGGGAAUAUGUCGAUAGACUGGAAGAGCAUUCCCAAAGGAGGAAGCUGAGACUGCUCGAACAGGGUCUCACGUUUUUCUUGUCGUACGCCAUCUUAGCGGCUGUCCUCGGCAUGUUGCAGUUUGGUUACAACACCGGUGUCAUCAACGCUCCCGGCAGAAACAUCGAAAACUUCAUGAAAGAUGUAUAUAAAGAUCGCUACGGAAAGGACAUACACGACGAUGCUGUGAACACAUUGUAUUCGAUAGCGGUUAGCAUCUUUGCUAUCGGCGGUAUGCUUGGCGGUUUCUCUGGCGGAAUGAUUGCAAACAGAUUCGGAAGGAAGGGAGGUCUACUGCUAAACAACAUCCUCGGCAUCAGCGGCGCAAGUCUCAUGGGUUUCACCAAAAUCUCUCACUGUUACGAAAUGCUAUUCUUCGGAAGAUUCAUAAUAGGCGUCAAUUGCGGGCUGAACACUUCACUGGUGCCAAUGUACAUAUCGGAGAUAGCGCCGCUGAACCUGCGCGGGGGGCUGGGCACCGUCAACCAACUGGCGGUCACCGUGGGCCUAUUGCUCUCUCAGGUGCUGGGCAUCGAGCAGAUCCUUGGUACCGACGACGGGUGGCCCCUACUACUCGGUUUGGCGAUCUGUCCUGCUAUUCUACAACUACUGCUCCUGCCGGCUUGUCCCGAGUCACCUCGUUAUUUACUGAUCACUCGUCAAUGGGAAGAAGAGGCGCGACGUGCACUACGGAGAUUACGUGCCAGCAAUCAGGUGGAAGAGGAUAUUGAGGAGAUGCGGGCGGAGGAGCGAGCGCAGCAGGCGGAAGCCUCCAUAUCGAUGCGGGAACUGCUUUGCUCCCCCACUCUCCGAGCUCCCUUACUCAUCGGCGUCGUCAUGCAACUCUCUCAACAACUCAGCGGAAUUAAUGCGGUCUUCUAUUAUUCGACUUCACUGUUCACUUCGUCUGGUUUGACGGAGGAGUCUGCAAAGUUCGCGACUAUGGGCAUCGGUGCGAUCAUGGUGGGGAUGACGCUGGUCUCCCUGCCGCUGAUGGACCGCACCGGCCGCCGCACCCUGCAUCUCUAUGGCCUCGGUGGAAUGUUCAUCUUCUCCAUAUUCAUUACCAUCUCUUUCCUCAUAAAGGUGUGUCUUAUAUCGCCGCCCGCUCCUCUCGACGAGAAACACGACUCACUGUCGGAGCAGUCGUCGGGGGCCGGGGAGGGCGGGCGGCCGCCGCCCCCGCUGCCCCCGCCGCGCUUCCCCACCCCCGGCAACGUCUGACACUGGGAGAUAGCUGUGCAUGCGCCGGCGCCGCUGGUCGCCCCCAUCAAGGCCGCCGCCAACUUCUUGUUUCAUGGACUGAAGCGCCAAGCCGCGGGCCGCUCUAUCACUACCACACAACAAAUGUUCUAAAUCGAUGUGAUUAGGUAUAAUAACGAAACUUAAUUAUAAGUCACGGCGUAAAAUUUACAUAUAUAGAUUCUUUAGUCGGUCAUAUUAUGACGUAAUUUAUGAAAUGCCUAGGUACCGUGUAAAGUGCCAUUGGUUUCUUAUACCCGUUUUAAGUAGGUCUUCAUGAAAUUUUAAUAAAAAAAUGUAAGAAUUAACUGAUCAAAUUUGAUUGAAUUGGAAGCGAGGGCAAUGAGAGCCAUGUGAGCUCCGUUCGUGGACGGGCCGUUGAAUGAUUUUAGCUUUAGAUAUAUAUAAAAGUUAACUGUUAAGUAUUUGAUGGUGAUGAGGAUGAUAAUAUAUUCUAUAUGAUAAAAAUAAAAGUAGAUUUUUAUCGAACAAAUAGGAUGCAAUGACUGUGAGGAAGCGGUGCGUUGUGCGGGAUGUGUAUACGCACGGGUCAUUUGCCAACACAUAGGUAGAUAACUCUAAUAUAUGUACGUCACUUCGAGUACGUUAGACCGAGAUCCGUGGUCGGUAGAUUGACAUCAACUAUUUCAUAGUCCGGUACUGAAAAGCACUACAAAUAGUACGAUAGGAGCAAUUUGUCAGGAGAAUGUGUCGUCACACACAACCCUAUGGAGAGGCUCGUUGCCUACCUUUACUUAGGAGUGAUAUAAUCAGAGGAGUAACGUUAAUCAAAUCCAGCUUUUCUGGAAUAACGUAAGUAUGGACUUAACUUAUACAACUUUAGGACUUGAUAACUUCUUAAGCAAUCCUUACCUAAUGUCAUACUUGCCCAUAAUUCCUAAAUCUAUACGAGCUUUCUACUGACAAAAUCCCAGCUUUGCUUCCAAAAUGAUGUAGUUCUUCCGACUAUAGGAUCCCGAACAACAGGUUCGUACUCGCAUCGUGCUUACAUUUCAAUCGUACACACGACACGACUCGACACGUCACGUCACGACACGUCACGACACGACACGAUGGCUCAUUUACUGUCACGGACAAACGUAAGGAGUAUAUUAUAUUAUAUUAUGCUGUGACUAUUAUAAUGUUGAUUUUUUUAUACAUAAUUAUAUUGUUUUAUGAAUGUUUUAUUCUCCUUUUACUGAUGAUUAUUAUUAUAUCUAUUGUGUAAUCAAUUAAAGUCAUAUCUAAAAUGACCGUAAUAAAUAUAAUUAAAAAGUAAGUUAUAAAUAAAUAAUUGUAUUAUUAUAACUAUUAUUGGACAGCUACAUUUUAAUUGCAGUUGCGGGAAUUGAACGUAUCGCAUAUAUAUGUAUAUGUAUACAUGUCGAUGUACGUAUAUAUGUAUAUAUGUGUAUGUGUACAUUAAACAAUAUUAGUAAAUUAUACACAAUUAUCACACCUGUACCGUACCACAUAUUAUGUUCCAGUUACGUUUCAUAAUAGUUUAUAACAUAUUUUUGUAGCUGUAAGACAUAAUAAACAGAUAUGUUAUCUUUUUAUUUGAUGAAAAGGUUUAGAUUACGAUAAGUUAUACAAUUUGUAAAGACUUUUAACAAUGUAAAGCUUUUAAUCUUGUACGCUCCUAGAAAACAAUCGUUUCAUUAUUUAUUAGUUAGGGUUCAGUAGAUACUACAGGGUUGUUCCGAUCUGUUCGUCCGUGCAUCCGACAAAUGCUCAAUUCAAUAUUAAGAUAUGGCUCUCUGGUCUGUUAGCGUGUCGCUUGUGUCGCUUGUGUUGUACCACAAGCACGGCCUAAUGUAAUGUAUAAAACUGGCUACUGACUCGUGCCGUUGACUGAUCACUGUGAACUUUACCUUACUGCCAUUUAUUAAUUAAAAUAACCUUUAAGAUUAUCAAAACAAAGAAUUAUUUUCUUGAUGUCUGACAGCCCUAGUAAGUAAGCCAAUAGAUUAAUUAUGACUUCUUCUCUUCAAAUUUCUCGCUCUCUCCUCACUUUAGGAACCUAUUCAGAAUAGUACACGGGACGGCGACUACCCUACUGUUAAACUGCAACAGCCGCCAGUUGGUACUUAUGUGUUGGAACUAAUUGUUAUAAUGUUAGCGAAGUUUAAUAAAUAAAUAUAGAUUACCAUAAAGCAUCUUAAUUACAUAGCAAUGUAUUUAAGGUGUCAUUUUCAUGUCAAUUACUUACGAUAAAAUAAUAUAAUAAAAUAGAAAAUUCAAUACUUACAACUCAUUAUUCUAAAUUAACUUAACAAUCUUUAUCAUAUCCAAUUUUCUGACUGUAAACCAUUAUAUGUUUUUUUUUAUAUUAUGCUAAUUAUGAAUGUACAAAUAUGACAAAAAAAAUUGGAACAAAAAUUAUACCAUAAUUAUGUUAAAAAUAAUUGGUUGUCUAUUACUUGUUAAGUCUGUAUCUCAAGAACUAUGUAUGUAUCUAUUCGUCCUAUUUGAUGUUUGUUUAAAUAUCUCGAAAUGAGUAAUUAAGUGUAUGUGCCAUAAUAAAAAGAAUAAAUCAUACAAUAUAACACAGAUAUUUAAAUUAUAAGUUUUCUCAUUUCACUUAGUAAUCAAACUCAGUAUGAAAUAUUAAUCAAUCUUAAAAGUAGACAUUAAUAUAUUUGCAUUCUGCAUUUAAAGAAUAAUAUUGUACUUUAAAUAUCCGUGUAGUUGAAGACUGUAAUAACAGAAAGCUGUGGUUUGCCUCUAUGAAAUAUUAGGAUAUAAGUUAACGAAACAUAUACAAAAUUCUAAAGUAUAUAGGAACAGUAUUUGUAGCGUGUGGUCCCACCAUCAACUAGGUAAGAUACUUAUGUAACUACAGUUAUGAUAUAAAAUACAUUGUUAUCCGUUUAGAGAAAGUUCACAGGUCGUCAUCGAACAAGUUAAAUGUGAAUUAAUAUUAGGUUGGGGAAAAAUAAAUCCAAUGUUUUCUUUUUAUCAUAUAUUAAUGAAAAUAUGAUCUAUAAAAAUCAUUUUCUUUCUUUUAAAAAAAAUAACAAAAAAAAUUGUGUUCCGAUUCCCCAACCCAAUAAAUGUUAUACAUUUAGAAUGUUAUCUAGGUAAUGAGGAAAAGUUAGUUUGACACAUUUAAUUGUAUGCUCAAGAGUAUUUAUAAUAUAAGCAAUUGUAGAAUAGAUAUUGGAUUGGUUGUUCCACUGGUGUAGAAGACACGACAUUUCGUGUUCGCUUAUUUGUAAAUAGAGUUGGAGACUCGGCGAGUGGCGACACUGGAUGCACGGAUGGACAGCUCACAGGGGAAUGCAUCCCCUUUCGCUCGCAAACGACACCCUAAAUCCUUCUAAAGCACUAUCCACGUUAACGCCACGAUUAUCUGAAAAGCAUUUGAGUUUCAAUACUCGGAGAUUACUCCGCUACUUGUACAAAAGGAACUUGUAAAGUUUUAUUGUAACUAAUACUUGUUAUAAAAACUUUAAAAUAAACCGA